AUUCUCAUACAACAAAAAGAUACUUCUUCCACUUCGUAUUGUUGCUUUCUCUUUGAUGUAUUUCAUGAUUUUAGUGAUAUGUUUUGAUACCAAGUAUAUGUAUCAAAACGUAAAUUCGAAACAUUAUUCCUUGAUUGAAAGAAAACUUCUUUUGAUCUCGAACUCCUCUUCCGCUUGUUGAAUCCAUGGUGGUUUUUAGUGCACGUUGUUUCCUUAACAAAUAUGUUAAGAUUUGUUUCAAACACCAGAAAGUUAUUAUGUAAGUAUGAUAACCACCAAAACCUCUUGAUUCUGCAUUCAACCCAAAACAACCAGCCGGAUAUUGUAACAGCAAAUUGGAAAACAGAAUUGAAUCUGCCACAAGUAGAAUUGGAAAACUUUUCAACUAGAGAGAAGACGAAGGACACAUAAGUAUCGUGAUACUCCAUUGGCGCAUUUAUUCAUGCCUGGACCAAAAGCAAUAGGAAAAUUGAGAGAAGAAGACAACGUGUUCAAAACGCCACUAACCACUUUGUUGUUGCCUAGUGGCUUUUUGUAGUAUGUAUUGCUUAUCAAGAUUUAUACCACUUGACUCGUGAGAUAUUAAUAAAACAUAAAGUUGACCCAAAAAAAAAGAAAGAUGUUAACAAUAUCCCAAAGUUUCAUAAUGAGAAUUUUUUGUAAUUUUCUCUCUUAACUUCUGUAGUUGUUCUUUCUGAAAUUGAUAAGAGAUACCAUAUGAUUUUCUGCCAAUGGAGAAGGUCUAGUCAUCUCUAUUCUCGUUUCCACUCCUAAGACUUACCUUAAAUACAAUUUUUCCACACAUAAAAAUGUCCCUAUUCCCUAAUUCUCUGUCGUCUUAACUUAUGAUCCUUAUUGUUCUAUCAUCCCGACAAAACGAAAUUCCAUUCACCGUAGCUUUAAGUAGAUAAAUAAACACACGGAGUAGACAUUGUUGGAUAUAAAAGACUAAAUUGUAGACAGUGUAGAAAUUUCAUGGAAACCGUUCUUCUUUUUCUUGGUCUCAAAAGUCAGUCAACGGUGGACCCGUAGUAGACUCACUCACCACAGCACCACCCAUGGUUUUGUCAUCAAUUAUACGCUCAUCAUUUCUUAUUUUCGUUUUCGUCAUCAUACACUCUUCUUCUCCUAUCUUCAUCUCCCUCAUUCUCAAUCCUUCAACAGUUCUCAUAUUUCAGUUCCAAUGAUCAGUCACGCUCUGUUAGUCAUCUGUAUUCUCGUUUCCGCUGCCGUCCUAGGAGAUGCAACAGCAGCAUACAAGCCUACCGAUCUCUUUCUCAUCAACUGUGGCACUAGCUCUGACACCAUAGACUCUCAAAGCCAAACAUGGACGUCGGAUCAGCAGCAUCUUCUCACGUCAAAUUUAGACAACGUUUCGUUCUCUUCAAAUGCAUCUUACCAAGAAGAGGUUCCUCAAGUGCCCUACACGACGGCUCGCGUAUUCCUAUCCAACGUUGACUACAGUUUUCCAGUCUCUCCCGGCUGGAAAUAUCUCCGGUUGUACUUUUACCCGACCCGGUACGAAUCUGGUUUUGACGCCGCAAGUUCCUUCUUCUCAGUCACAGUUAACGGUUUCACUCUCUUGAAGAACUUCAGCGCCGACUUAACGGUAAAAGCUUCCAAGUCGAAAUCCUUAAUCAAAGAGUUUAUCGUUCCGGUUAACCAGACUCUGAAUCUCACGUUCACGCCGUCUCCGAGUUCGUUAGCUUUCGUUAACGGCAUCGAGAUUGUCUCCAUGCCUGACGGGAGUUACUCAAAGGGAGGCUUUGACAAUAUGAUAACGAACGUUGGUAGUACCAUUGACUUCAUUAUCAAAAACACUACCGCUUUCGAGACUGUUCAUCGGAUAAACGUUGGCGGGCAAAUGGUGGAUGAGGUCGGUGACACUGGAAUGUUCCGGCGGUGGCUUCCGGAUGAUGAUGUCAUACUAAGUGAGAAUUCAGGAAUGAAACCGGAUGUAACGGGUGUGAAGAUAAACUACACAGAUAAGACUCCCCUUUAUGUCGCGCCGGAAGAUGUGUACAAGACGUAUCGUACGAUGGGGAACGUCGGCUACCCAAGGCUGAACCUGAACUUCAAUCUGACGUGGCUCUUCCCAGUUGAUGCCGGGUUUCUAUACCUAGUAAGGCUUCAUUUCUGUGAGACUCUAUCGGAUGUGAACGGAUCUAACCAACGUGUCUUCACCAUCUUCAUUGGAAAUAAGAUUGCAAUGCUUGACAUGGAUGUCAUUCAGCUGAGCGGUGGUUCUCGCAUUCCGGUGUAUCUAGACUUCAGUGUGCUUGUUGGUUUUGAAAGUGGGCCGAGACCUGAUCUACGACUUGACUUGCAUCCUUACACGGACAGUGGCCCAAAGUAUUACGAUGCUAUUCUCAAUGGCGUAGAGAUCCUCAAGCUUAGUGUCUCUGGCGGAAAUCUUGCUGGACCUAAUCCUAAUCCUCUAGUAUCAUCCGACCAAACACCAAAUCAUGUAAAGCCUUCGGCAAGAAAAGGUAAUAAUUCACAUGUUUUGGUGAUAACUCUGGCAGUGGUUGGUUCUUCAAUUUUCCUAGCGAUGUUUGUUUCUGUCAUUGCGUUGUUCUGUAAGAGGAAUAAAACGAAAGACGUUCCUUUACAUACAACAAGCAAGCCUACGGACUCGUGUUCUCCUCUUACCACAUAUCUCUGCCGUCGAUUCUCCAUCUUCGAAAUCAAAUACGCCACAAAUGAUUUCGACGAGAAGCUAAUCGUUGGAACAGGCGGGUUUGGUUCGGUGUACAAAGGACAAAUAGACGGAGGAACCACACUAGUCGCGGUUAAACGGUUGGGAAUUGCAUCGAAACAAGGCGCUAAAGAGUUCAAAACAGAGCUCGAGAUGCUCUCAAAGCUACGUCAUGUACAUCUCGUUUCUCUAAUAGGAUAUUGCGACGACGAGAGCGAGAUGGUGCUUGUCUAUGAGUAUAUGCCACGUGGUACUCUUAAAGACCAUCUUUAUAAAAGGAAUAAGGCUGUUGAUCCUCCUUUGUCCUGGAAACAAAGGUUAGAAAUCUGCAUCGGAGCGGCGCGUGGGCUACAGUAUCUCCACACAGGCGCCAAGCACGCGAUCAUACAUCGAGACAUCAAAACAACCAACAUACUUCUUGAUGAGAACUACGUAGCUAAAGUCUCUGACUUUGGGCUUUCAAAAGUGGGUCCAACUAGUGAAUCUCAAUCCCACGUCUCAACGGUCGUUAAAGGAACGUUUGGUUACUUGGAUCCUGAGUACUAUCGCCGUCAAGUCUUGACGGUAAAAUCGGAUGUGUACUCUUUUGGAGUUGUUAUGUUCGAAGUUUUGUGUUGCAGACUGAUCAACAUCGAAAUUGUUCCACAAGAACAAUCAGAUUUGAUCAGAUGGGUGAAGUCAAAUUAUAUAGGAGGAACUCUUGAUCAGAUCAUUGACCCAGAUCUUGCUGUCGAUAUCACUAUGAUAUCAUUAGAGAAGUUCUGUGAAAUUGCUGUUAGAUGUGUUCAAGAUCGUGGCACUGAAAGGCCACCAAUGAACGAUGUCGUUUGGGGACUUGAGUUUACGCUUCAGCUUCACGAGGCAGCAAAGAAAAACAAUGAGGGAGGGACGAUGACGGACGCAGAAGCUUUGUUAAGUAAGACUGAUGAUAACUGCGAUCCUGUUAUUGCUGAAGAACCGAAAGCACUGUAGAUUAGUUCGUCCAACACAUUCUCAGUUAUGCAUGUACCUACGUAUUUACUGAAUGAAAAUCAUUAUUGUGCUUUUCUUUUUAAAUAAUUAAGGUGAAUAGGCGUAGAUCAUCUUAGUAAGGUUAUAACAUUGAUGACUUCAAAAUGAAAGAUCUAGGUCAAGAGAUCUUUUUUUUUUUGAAACACUUUUUUUUUUUUGAUCA